UUAAGCCAUGCGCGGUUCUCCUUAGCAAUUUUUGUAAACAAAUAUGGCUGCGGCCAUGCAAAAAGAAAAAGACUACGACUACAAUGUAUAAGAUCAUUUUUGACACGUGAUUAUCAUUGUUGAAAAGGGGUCAAAGAAUGGCAGAUUCAACAGGCAAUUCUCCUGAGAAGGAGUUACUGGAUGAUAAGAAUGAAACAGAAGAACAAGAAGGCCAGGGCGAGCAGCUCUCAAGAGAUGACACCAUGGCAUCCGAACAAAAUGAACCAAAUCCAUUCGAAAUAACCUUGUCAGAAUUCAAACCACAUCCUAAGUUGAUCAAUGUGCACCAGUUCUAUCCCUCGUUGGAACACCAGUUCCACAAAUCACCCUCAAGAUUUGAGGAGGAACAGAAUAAAAGGACUGAGCAAGCAAUGAAAGAGAUUGUAGAGGAGUCAUCUACGUUUGCUUUGACAGAUAAUGAGGGAACAAUGGCUACUACAGAUAUGGAAACUACCCAAGAUUCCCUGCAAAUUCGCAGUAAAGGGGAGAGCACUGAUUUAACAGAUGAAGAUUCAAACAAUUCUGGGGAACAGAGAAUAAAUGAAGUACCAGGCAUUAUUCUAAGAUCAGUAUAUGGGAAAAAUGAGGGACUUUUUAGCACUGCAGUUAGUGAAGAGACAAUACAAAAAGCAAAACAAAAGGGAAAAAGCAUUUUUCAAACAGAGGAGUGGGGAGCUGUGGCCCAGUAUUCUCCAGGGAUGCAGGAAAUAGUGGACCAGAGAGCACUGGAACAUUUCAAUGAGGCCAUGAAAGCAAAAGAGGAAGGAAAAUUUGAGCAAGUUUUAAAAUGUCUCUCUAAAGCCAUGGGGCUCCGUACAGAUUCUUUGUAUUAUGUGGAGAGAGCGGAGGCUUUUAUACAACUAUGUGACUUUCAGUCAGCCAUUUUAAACUACAAAAAAGCUUGCCUAAUGGAGCCAGAUAAUGCUGAGUACUAUGCCCGUCUGGCUUUCCUGUAUUAUUUUAUGGGACAGACCCUCUUUGAUCAGAGGCUUUACCCCGAGGCCUUAGAGUCUUUUGCAAGAGCAGCUGAAAUGAACCCUGACAACACAGGCUAUCAUAUUAGAAGUAUGACAUGUUUAGCAGCUCUACAAAGACACGGAGAAUGCCUGGCCUUAGUCAACAAAAGAUUGGAGACCGACAAUGAAAACCCAGACUUGUACAUCAUGAGAGCAAGGCUACAUGAGAUGUUUAGAAAUACAACCCUCUGUUAUUAUGACAUCAAAGAUGCUCUACAAGUUGAUCCGGAUCACCAAGAGGCCAAGGCCAUGAUGGUCAAGAUGGAAAAGAGAGCUCAGGACAACAAACGAGAGGCCAUGCAGCUAAAUCUGAUGGGAAAGCAUAGGGAGGCCCUGCAAAAAAUCUCUAUAGCCAUAGAUACAGACCCCAUUAUUGCAGACUUUCAUGUGUUAAGAGGAUCACUGCAUCGGAGAUUAGGGGACUACAAUGCUGCUAUAGAUGACUUUCUUUUGGCCCUUGAUAAGUGUGAGCACAAUGAAGAGUCUCCCGUCUACAUCGACUCCCAGAGACAGCUACUGCUGACCUACAAUGACUUUGCUGUGGAAUGCUUCACCAAGGACUUCUAUGAAGAGGCCAUAAUUCUACUAAAUAAGGCAAUAAAGGGAGAGAAACGCGAGAAGGGGCUGUACAUUAACAGAGGAGAUUGUUUCUUCCGCCAAAAUGACUUUAACUUUGCCCUUCAGGACUAUUCCCAAGCUUUGGAGCUGGAUCCAGAUGAUGAGAAUAUCAAAGCACGCAUUUCUGUGAUUUAUAACGAGUUUGGCGUAAAUGCAUAUCAGGAUAAGAACUUCCCGGAGGCAGAUACCAAACUUACACAGGCUAUCCAGUACAACCCGAAAGUUGGUCAAUAUUAUAUUACAAGAUCAAGAUGUCGAUACAUGAUGGAGAAUAUUCACAGUGCCAGACUGGAUCUGAUUAUGGGGCUCUUGCUGGACCCGACCAACGAGGAUGUCAUCUCCAUCUUGUCCCGCCUGUUCCCCGGGAAGUCCAUUGGUGAUGUCGUCAACAGUAGAGCUGCUGAUCCCGCGAAACUAGCCGUCCGAGCAAUACUCAACAUUCAACCUCAGCGACCUCAGGCCAAAGUCACUCACGAUGCAUUCACAGAAAGUGGAGUCCUGGACAGUCAUGCCUCGCGCUCCUUCCCUCCUAAAUCAGCCCAGACCACAUGGAGCCAGGCAGCUACUGACGUGUCAACAGUGGACGACUCCCUCGUCAAGCCAGGGGGCUGCUUCCCUCCCCUUAAAGCCUGUAUGAAGGAGAAAGACUUUAAUAUAAAACUGGCCAUCGAGAAAAAACAAAUUCAUGAAGAGGUAUCAGUAGCCUUACUUGACAGGAAGAGUUUGCGAUACGAGGGGGCCAGAGUCCAACCCUUACCACCCCCAGCCCCCAAACCAAACUCCCAGAGAGCACCACCUCCCAGGGAGAGAUUCAUCAAGGAUGCAUUUGGUGGGAAAAAAAAGGUCAUGACCUACAAUUGGCGAAGGUUCACCAUGGGAAUAGGUCUCACAGAUGUCAAGGACGUUGGAUAGUUUAAAAAUUCUGUAAACUCAUGUUUCCCAGUCUUAUUGUACAAGUGAUUGUGUUUUAUUGAGAAAAAUAUUCAAUAUAUUAGCUUCCAUGAAAUUUGAUAUGUUAAGAUUUGUUCAGAAUUUAAUUGACUUUGUAUGCAUUGAUUUUACAAGUUUUCACAAGUGUGCGAUUUUAUGAGCAGUCAAUUUAUUACACAUGUACAUUUUUCAUAAUUAAGUGCUAAUAUUCGAAGAGGAUUACUUAUUUCCAUGAUAAAACAUUUCCAACAUAAGUAUUUUGGAGAAAAUUACUGAUAUAUUUAGGAAAACUGAAUUCAGAUCAGUAGCAUACAUAUAUGCCAAGUUCAAUACUCUACGUGUAGCGGUGUGCCUUCAGCAUGACUGUGUAAACAUGUUUAUGAAUAAACUUUAAUUUUUUAACAUGGUCUGUAUGUAUAUGAAUUAAUUUAUAAAAGGCUGGGCGUUUUGUUUGUUAUCAUGUUGGUGCUGUUGAAGCAUUUGCUAUCAUGACUUCUCACAAGUUUGUUUUUGUUAUUUUAUUUGUCAACGAGUCCUGUAAUAUUUGUAAUAAAAUAAUAGAAAAUACAUGCA